AUGAUUCCUAGGAUAAAGACCUUUGCUUUAAUAUUAUCGACUCUAAUAUGGAGAUCACAAUCACUAGAAUUAGAUUUGGAUGACUAUCAAUCAUUACAAAAUGCAACUGCAUUAGUUGCCUGGGGUCUUAUGGAUUACUAUGAAGGUACUAAAUACGGUGGAACUGUAGGUAUGUUUUCCAGUCCAUACUACUGGUGGGAAGCAGGCGGUGCCUUCGGAACUUUAUUGGAUUUUUGGUACUUCAUGGAUAACGACACUUAUAACGAUGAAAUUCUGGCAGCAAUGGUUUAUCAAGCCGGGAAUGACUGGGACUAUAUCCCACUGAAUCAAUCUACAACUGAAGGAAACGACGAUCAAGCCUUUUGGGGUAUAGCUGCAAUGACUGCAGCAGAGAGAAAUUUCACAAAUCCAGCAUCUGAUGAGCCUCAAUGGUUAUACCUUGCCCAAGCUGUCUUUAAUACAAUGGCUCUACGUUGGGACACGGACUCUUGUGGUGGUGGUCUGAGAUGGCAAAUUUUUACCUGGAAUUCUGGUUACGAUUAUAAAAAUUCUGUGUCAAACGGUGCGUUAUUUCAUCUAGCUGCAAGAUUAGCGAGGUAUACAGGUAAUGACAGUUAUGUGGACUGGGCUGAGAAAGUUUAUAACUGGAUGGAGGACACAGGCUUCAUCACGACGGGAAAUACACUUUAUGUCUAUGAUGGUGCCAGUACAGAGGAUAAUUGUUCUUCCGUCACUAAAUAUCAAUGGACUUAUAAUCAAGGUCUGAUAUUAUCUGGCGCCGCAUAUUUGUAUAACUAUUCUGAAUCUUCCUUAUGGUAUAACAGGACAAUGACUGCCCUUUCAUCAUCAGGUGUUUUCUUAAACAAUAGUAUUAUGUGUGAAGCUGCUUGUCAACCAGCAGGUACAUGUGAUACCGAUCAGCGUUCAUUCAAGGCCUACUUUGCUAGGUUUUUGGGAGUGACGGCUCAAUUAGUCCCAAGUACAAGAACCCAAAUCAUGACAUGGAUGAAUGCAUCGGCAUACGCUGUAGCAGAAUCAUGCUCAGGCGGUACUGAUGGCCAUACCUGCGGUCUAAACUGGUUCCUUGGGAGCUGGGACGGUUAUUAUGGCCUAGGUGAACAAAUGUCUGCAUUGGAAGUUCUGGUAAAUACACGUGCACUUGAUAAACCCGGCCCAUAUAAUAGUACAAAUGGUGGUUCGUCACAAGGUGAUGGUGCGGCAGGUACCGAAACAACCGCUACAAAUUUGGCACCUUUAAAUAUUACAGGCGGAUCAAAAGCAGCAGCAGCUAUUAUUACUGCUGUUAUAGGUAUUUCUCUAAUCGCAUGUACCUUAUGGAUUAUAUUUUAG